AUGAAUUUAAAAAGUGUUAAGGAUAAAGUUAUAAAAGUUAGACCAGAUAAAUUUAUUGAGGAUUCAGAAGAAAAUGCGCCAUUUGAAAGAAUUUUACCAAAAUUAGGAACGGUUGCCGCUCACUUAAUUCCUGAUAAGGUAAUUUUAGAUCAAAAAUCAAAUCUUUUUGAUUUAUCUAUUUUAAAACUACACUUUUUCAAUCAAGGAAAAUUAAGUUUAAAACAACUAUCUCUUUUAUUAAAAACUUCAUCUGAAAUUACAAUUUUAGAGCCUAAUUUACUGUUGAUUGAUGGUCCAACUUAUGUAAUUGGUGACACACAUGGACAGUUUUAUGAUUUAAUGACAAUAUUAGAUGAAAUUGAUAUUAGUAAUUUAAAACAUAACGUGUUGUUUUUAGGUGAUUAUGUAGAUAGAGGAAGUUUUUCAGUUGAAGUUUAUCUUUUUCUAAUGUUACUUAAAACACACUAUCCUAAACAGGUUUUUAUAUUACGAGGUAAUCAUGAAUCAUUAAGUAUGACUUCUUAUUUUACUUUUAAAAGUGAAGUUACUUCCAAAUACGGUAUUGAGGCUUAUGAUCUUUUUUUAAAUUCUUUUAAUACUCUACCAAUUUGUGCAAUUAUUCAAAAUGAUAUUUUUUGUUCUCAUGGUGGAAUACCUUCUAAAUUUAAAAAUAUUUAUGAUAUUGAUAAAAUUGACAGAUUUAGAGAAAUUCCUACUAAUGGACCCAUUUGUGAUUUAUUAUGGUCUGAUCCAAAUCCAAAAUUUACUACAAAAUCAUCAUUUAUUCCUAAUCAUCAAAGAAAUUGUUCGGUUUUUUACUCUUAUAAUGACGUCAUCAAUUUUUUAAAAAAUAACAAUUUAAAAGGUAUUUUUAGAGCACAUGAAGUUCAGGAAGAGGGUAUAAAAUUUUUAGAUAAUUAUAAUAACUUUCCAUCUGUAACUAUAAUAUUCAGUGCACCCAAUUACUGUGAUAUUUAUAAUAAUACAGGAUGUUUUAUACUUUAUGAUAAAAAAAUUAAAAAAGUUUUUAAUGUUGAUGCAGUUAAACAUCCAUUUAUAUUACCAAAUUUUCAAAACGGAAUAUCAUGGAGUCUUCCAUUUAUAGUUGAAAAGUCACUAUUGUAUGCGUUUGAUUUUAGUGAUUCGAUAAGUACUUUGAUGAAUUUUUUAACAUCAUCCUCAUCAACUUCUACAACAAAUGUUAUCCAAGCGGAACUAUUAGAAUCAACAACAACUAAUUUAACAAGAAUAGAAGAAGUGAUAGAAAAAGAAGUAGAUAAAGAAGAAGUUUUAAAGAAAGUAGUUUUAUUGAGAUCUGAAAGGGAAAAUAUAGACGAGUUUAUAGAUGAAGAAUCAGCAGUUGAUUGUUGUGCUUUACAUUUAACAGAACCAGAAAUAGAAACAUAUGAUGAGGCAGUAGAUGCAGAUAAAAAAAAUGAACAAGUUAAGAAAGAAAAAGAUAUUGAAUUAAUAGAAGAAUUACAAGAUGUUCCACCAUCAUUAUUAACACAAAAUUUAAAAGAUUUAGAAAAUUUGAAUGAUUUAGAAUUAAAUAAAGAUAAAUCAGAUAAUUAUAAUUUGAUAACUUCAAAUGAAAAUGAUAAAGAAAUUAUUAAUAACGAUAAAGAAAUUAUUAAUGAUGAUAAAGAAAUUAAAGAAAUGUCAAAAUUAUUAAAUGAAAAAUUAAAUUUAAAAAAUGAAGAACAAAAUUUAAAAUCAAAAAAGAAUCCUAAGAAUGAUGAUUCAGAUUUGGAUUCAACUAACAAAGGAAAAUUUAUGAAUUUAUUUUGA